UUUCCCUUAUUCGGACAAUGUUCUUGUCAUACAGAGAAUGCCAUCGACUUGAGUUGCAAUCUCUCCUAAACAACAAAACGAGCGUUGAGAAGCGUUUCUAUUUCUGGAUUUUUCAAAUAUUAACAGUUGUAGCUUCGUGAUCGUGACUUCAAUUGUAAUAUCUCUUUCUGAAUUUUAAAUACUCACGCGUGGGUCAAGAUUUUAGCCGUUUCUUGUGUACAAAGUCACUUAGUGUCAGGGUUAUUGCAAAUGGGAAGUUCAAGUUUACCUCCAGGAUUCCGGUUCCAUCCUACUGAUGAAGAACUCAUCGACUAUUACUUGAAAAGAAAAGUGGAAGGCCUCGAAAUCGAGCUUGAAGUCAUCCCCGUUAUUGAUCUUUAUAAAUUUGAUCCGUGGGAGUUACCAGACAAAUCUUUUCUCCCAAACCGGGACAUGGAAUGGUUCUUCUUCUGUUCAAGGGACAAAAAAUAUCCUAAUGGUUUGCGUACAAACCGAGGAACAAAGGCGGGUUACUGGAAAGCAACCGGAAAAGACCGGAAAAUUACAUGUCGUUCAUCUUCUACAGUCGGUCAUAGAAAAACCCUAGUUUUCUAUAAAGGUCGUGCUCCGUUAGGCGAUAGAACCAGUUGGCUCAUGCAUGAAUAUCGACUAUGCGAUGAUGAGAGUUCAUCACAAGGUUCACAAUAUUUCAAGGGAGCUUUUGUGUUAUGCCGUGUGGCUAAGAAGAAUGAGAACAAGAGUAACUCAAAAAUUCAAAGAAACCUAAGUGAACAAACACUUGGAUCAGGAGAAAGUUCGGGUUAUUCAAGUCGUGUGACUUCACCUAGUCGUGAUGGAACGGUGCCGUUUCACUCAUUUGUCAAUCCAGACUCUUCCAACAUUUGGAUUUCACCUGAUUUCAUUCUUGAUUCUUCAAAAGACUAUCCUCAAAUCCAAGAUGUUGCACCUUACUUUCAAGACUUUGAUUUUCCAGUUUUCGGUAAUCAAGACGUUGAUGUUCCAGCGAGUACCUUGAAUGCAAAUGUAGAUCAGAGCAUAGACGAAUCUAUGCAAACUGGUUACUGGACAAAUAGUUGGUAUGAUCAAACCGGUUUAUUUGAUUAAUCCGACUUCUCCUUGCUAGACGGACUUUCGUUGAGGUCGGUCUCUCGUUUAAGACAAAAACAACUUUUAUCGUUCGAGUCAUCCAAAUUUUAGCACUGGUCUAUAUCGAUUGUUUAAUUAUUCUGUUUUAUUACAAUUAAUAUUAUGGAUUUGCUAUAUAUAUUAAUAUUAUAGGUACGUAUUUGAAGAAGUAUGUUGUUUUCUCUGUGGAAUUUCUUUUUCUU